CAUUGCCCAGACCAUUCACGUGAACAUCCCAAACAAGGAAGUGGCUGCUGCAGGAAUCCACACAAUUUUUGGCUGAGUCUGCUUGGUGAAUAGGCUAUUACAAAAGUCAUGUCCGCGUUCGAAAGGCAUAGAGAGGUCACACAUUAUCAAUAGUUACAAAACUCGGCGCAUUUAAAAAUUCGGCGCACCCAUUCUUAUCUUAUUCACGAGUGUAGCAACGACACAGUGACACCAGCUAAGCCUACUCGUACGAUAAGCUAGUUUCUUGUUUUUUGGAACAUCCAAGGGUCAGUUAAGGAUGUGGAUGCCUAUGUUGGGUCUCACUGCCCUGCCUCAUUUAGGAGGGCUGUAUGGCGGUUUUGUCACUCGUAAAGAAGUGAAGACAUGGUAUCCAACUAUAAACAAACCUUCCUGGCGACCUCCUAAUGCAGCUUUCCCAAUAGUUUGGACAACACUCUACACAGGCAUGGGGUAUGCCUCCUACCUUGUCUGGAAUGAGCUGGGUGGUUUCACAAAUGACGCUGUAGUACCUCUAGGACUCUAUGGUCUGCAGUUGGCUCUGAACUGGGCAUGGACACCCAUCUUCUUUGGCGCACAUAAAAUUAAAUUGGCGCUGAUUGAGAUUGUGCUGCUCACUGGGACAGUGGGUGCCACCAUGGUGUCUUGGUACCCCAUCAGCCGUACUGCCACUCUACUCAUGACCCCAUACCUGGCCUGGCUCUGUCUAGCCACCACCCUGAACUACUGCAUCUGGAGAGACAAUCCUGAGAAAAAGGAAAAAAAAUAAUUGUGUAAAACAAAAUCUUGCAUACAUAUAACAGAAUGCAAGAUAGCUGUUAGUGCUCCGUGGAAUUCUAUAUUUCUUCUUGCCAUUCAAGGCAAAACAACUGGUUACCAAUCUUGUUAUAUGUGUGGAAAGCUACAUAAAGCUUUUUUUUCCCUCUUG